AUGCGAAAGUUGCGCGCCCUGGUGGUCAUACUACAAGGCGUCACGGCCAGUGCAUCCCCUUCCUACUUGGCCACGCUUUAUCCAGCUGGGGGUUCGUCCGCAGUGUGCUGGGGAGUGCUCAUCGCGCCACGACAUGUCCUGACGUCAGCGCACUGCAUCGCGCAGCCAUUGGCAUGGGUUGAAAUCGGCAACAACGUCGAACGACGGCGCAAAGUGGUCGACGCAGUGGCCCAUCCUCAGUACAAUGCGUUCACACGAUCGUUUGAUUUGGCGGUGGUGGAGUUGGAUGUCCAAAGUCGCGUGCCCACAACCCCCCUUCGGUGGACAAGUGUAGAUGGAUCGACCUCAGCUGCAUUGUCGUGGGUGUCUGGUAGCAAUUCGGCCAACGUGCACGAGCUGUCCAUCUUGCCAGAUUGCACUUCGAUUACCUCCAAAGCAGACGCCACCGUGAUCUGUGCCCGCACGUUUGCCGUGGAUGCCUCGUGUAGUGGCAAUUCAGGACGACCGCUGCUAAUGGAUGGCCAAGUGGCGGGUGUCGGAGGCGUUGGAUGUGUGUCCAAGGUGGCGGGCGAUGUGAGCACGACCACGAUGUAUGCCAGUGUCGCACUGGGUCGGAGUUUUCUGGAACCUUACUUAGCUGCAGAAGCGAAUGAAAACCCACCGGCACUGUACGACCCGCGACCGUCUCGGCAGCCCAUAGUUGAGUCGAUAAAAGCAGACAUAUACGCCAAUUAG